AUGCCUGGAGGCGACUCAAAAGAAAACAUACCGGCGGGAGAUUUUGACCUGCUCCUAUUUAGGCGACGGCGAUUCCGUACCGCGAAAGCCUGUUAUCCGUGUCGACGACGCAAGGUCAAGUGUGACCUUAAUCAGCCAUGCGGGACAUGCAUCAGUCGGGAGCAUCCCGACUUAUGUGACUACACAACCAAUACCUUUGCUGGUGCGGAUCCGUCUACCUCCGAGAACAACCCGAAUAGUAGGGAGCAGCAGCAGUCAGGAGCUGCCACCGCGAAUUCUACGGCCUCUGAUAUGGCUCAGGGGGUUUUUGUUGACCUGGCGUUGCCCUACAAUACAAAGGUGCAUCUAGGCUCAGAGUCUCUGCCCAGUGUUUUCUCAAUUGCAGGUGGAAAGGGGAAAGACCCUGCUUCGUCUCCGUUGAAAUUUUCGAUGGACCCAAAGGUAAUUUUCGAGCUGCUAUGUCUUCAAGACUCCAGCACUACGUUUCCCUUUACGAAUUUGUGGAUGCCAGGUGACGGCAUUGAAAAAGUCUACAGCGCUCUACCAGAGGACCAGGUUAUCUUGAGCCACUUUCGAUUAUACGAAGAAUCCCUAUUUCAUCUCGAGUCCUCGAUCAUAAAUCUACGAAAGUUUGAAACUUCGCUUCUGGAAUUUCUUCAGCGCCGCAGAAAUAUUCCACCCAGUGCAUUUCUGGAUUGCCUGUCUGAAUAUCCAAUCUCAUGGUUUGGGCUGCUGUUCGGAAUGCUGGCAUGCGGUGCCCAGCUUGCUUCGAUAGAAGGAGAGCUUGAUAUUACGAAAGCAUGGGUUUUUGCUUGUUGCUCUUUUCAGUGCUUACGAUCAUGCAACUUCACUUCGUACCCAAAUCUAGAGGUUGUUCAGACCUUGAUAAUGUUAGUAAACUACCUGAGGAACCAGGGAGAUGCAGGGGCGUCGUGGUCAAUGUUGGGCUUAGCAAUACGACUUGCCCAAGCCCUUGGCAUUCACUGCACGCCUGAUCCCAACACCAUCAGCAACACCACAAGAAGAGAAGAAGCCAUUAUCAAAUCAUCAAUAUGGCGAUCUCUAGUCUGGCAAGACACUCUUUCAUCCCUUUGUUACGAUCGGCCAUCCGGAAUUACUGUUUUUGAAUCCAUCCCAUCGACAACUGCCUCGCCUCGAUUCUAUUCAUUCUUUGACAGCUGCCAUCAUCUGUUUGUUACAGCAAAUAAGAUCAGUCACUCUCAGAAUCAAGCCAAAUUCUCCGGGGAGCGACUACCCAACGAAGCGAUUCUUGAUUUCCGAAAGAUUGUCAACGUCAUCGAGACCCGAUCGGUACCUCAUCUACAAGAUUUAUCCAAAUGCCAGUCCAAGAAUGAUUAUAUGCAACACUACAUCUUCCGACUUUUCUCUGACUCUGUCAUGGUUUGCCUAUACAGGCCCGCCAUGACGGGUGAUGAAGCACAAGACAGCGACAUCACCGAGUACUACUUGAACCGAUGCCGAUCUGCUUUGCAAACAUACAUGGAACUUCUUAAUUUGAACGGAGCUUUCCAGAGGCUUUGGUUUUUCGUUCACAUCACUUUCAGCUGUGCUCUUAUUUUGGGCCAGGCGGCCAAUACGCGAAACAUUCAUGCAGACAAGGCAUUCUUGAAGCGUUUCUUCAAUAGCGUGUCGCAAAAUCGUGCAUUUGUCAACCUUCCCGUUUAUGAAAAUGCUUGGAGGCUACUGCGUGAAUUCUUAUUUGCAGACGAGCCGAUUACGGAAUAUUAGAAGGUAGAAAGGACUUUGCGAAAUGUAUGGCGGCAUACUGGCAUGAUGCGGCUGGCCGCACUUUAUACCCUUUGGAGGUUGUUAUCAUGAUGUCACUCAUGGCAUGGCAUGGUUGGAUUUAAUUCGCGC